AUGCCCGGCAACACACCAACCAGGACCCAAGCCCCCGAGGCCCGGCAAGGGCCACAGCCCAGAGACGGAGCGCCCCCAGAACCUCACGCCCGUCCUGGACCCACCCAGGGGCAGCCAGGCUACCAGUCUGUGUUGUUGUCUGUGAUGCUGCUGCUGUCCUCGGUAGCUGUUGGAAUCCUGCUGCUGCUCCUGCUGCUGCUGUUAGUGGUUCUCCUCAGGAGAAGACAACGACGAGCCAAGGAGCCUGUAGCUCUCAUCCACAGUCAAAUUGUUGACCAAGUCGGGAAUGCUUACCAGUGGGGAGACAAUGAGGGUGAUGAAGACGAUGAGGACUAUGUGAAUGUUGAUCUAAUGGACACUAAUGUAAAAAUGAAAGGGGGAGCUGCAGGAGUGGAUGAAGAGGGAAGCAAUGACUAUGAGGAGCCAGUGUGUAAUGAUGAUCAUGAUUACAAGAAAGCAGGCCCCAAUUGCAUGAAGGCCAGGAAGGCCUGUGUGAGUGUAAGUGAUCACAGAGAAGAUGAAGAUGAUGUAACUAGUGAUGAAGAAGACAACUAUGAGAAUGUAUCCCCACCCUCGCUGUAUGCAUCACCACCACCACCACUACCAGGUGUAGAUAAUGAUGAUGAAGAAGAAACUAGUGAUGAAGAAGACAACUAUGAGAAUGUAUCCCCAUCAUUACAAAGUGUGGUUAAUAAAAAAGAAGAAGAAACUAGUGAUGAAGAGGACAACUAUGAGAAGGUAUCCCCACCCUCGCUGUAUGCAUCACCACCACCAGGUGUAGAUAAUGAUGAUGAAGAAGAAACUAGUGAUGAUGAAGAGGACAACUAUGAGAAUGUAUCCUGA